UCUAUAACACCACACCAUCUGCAGACGAAAUUGGCUGAGGCUCGACAUCGACAACCCUCGACUGUAAAUUAGGGCUACGGUUUGUGUCAUGGGCGAGGUAGCAUGACACUAGCGAGGCUAUGGGCACCCUAGAGGACAAGCGGGAAUCGAGUAUGGAGGAGGUGGACCUGAGUGACACCAAUAUGCGGUGUGCCAAUAGCGACACCCUGCCUGCUGAUGUGUUUGACGAGGCACCUGACCCUCGCAUUCAGGUGGAACUGGAAUGUCUCAACACCUCCACUGAUACUAUAAACAAAUUAGAAGUUGACCUUGAUGAAGCCCGAAUGCAGUUCCGACAACUUCUAGCUGAUUCUACGCAGCGGAUAGAUGCUCUUGCCAAAAGAUUAGGGAAAUGUGUGGAACAGUCUCGUCCGUACUACGAUGCCCGCAUUCGAGCCAAACAGGCACUCAGGGAAACCCAAAUAGCAGCUGUACGAUAUGAACGUGCUAUGAGUCAACAUGCUGCAGCUCGGGAGAUGGUUUUCUUGGCAGAAGAGGGACUCAUGCAGAAGGGUUGUGUCUUUGACCAUACCUGGCAGGAAAUGCUUAAUCAUGCAACUUCCAAGGUUAACGAUGCAGAGAAGGAAAAGCUGGAAAGUGCAGCAGACCACCGCCGCACUUCAGCAUUAUACCACGAGGCAGAGACAAGAGUGAAGACAUUACAGAAAGAACUGAAGAGAGCAAUUGCAAAGUCGAGUUUGAAUGCACGUCGCAGCCUCUUGCAAAUGAAUAACCUUGCGAGGAUGCACCAGCUACAGCUGCUGCCCUAUUUUGAGCUGAAAGCAGCAAUAAACCAGCAGCUUGAGGCUCAGAAGCAGAGGGUCAAGCAGCUGGAGGAGAGCGUUGCAAGAGCAAAGCUCACUUACUCGCAGGCUCUCUCAAACCUGGAAACAAUCUCCGAUGAAAUCCACAGGACCCGUCAGUCACAACUAGACCUGGGAAUUCGUGGUGUUGGAGUUGGUGCUGAAUCUCCUCUACCUCCAUUGCAAGCUAUUGAUGGAGGUGUGCCUUUAGCAGCUCAUCCCUUGCAUUAUGCAGAGUCUAGCCCAGAAGCUGCAGCUGACACAAAUGAAGAAUAUAAAGCUUUACCUGGAAAAUUAGGACCAGCUGCUGCUCCAAUGUCCAAGGCUCAGAAAAUGACAACAGCAACCACAGCCAUACCUCAUGUACCAGCUGUGACUUCUUUAUGUAGCACUACAGCUGCCACCCCUACCUGUUCAUCUCCUGUACAUACCUGUGCCAGUCAGGCUUCUCAGGACCCCAGUGUUUUAGGGUCAGGUGUACCUGGAAGCUUGGUUGUGGAAGCAGGGGAAGUUGUGGUUGAAGAGGUAGAUGGGGCAGCCACUUGUACAGAUCUUACUGGAUGGCAGGUAAUUGGCUUAGGCAGCCCAGCCCUCUCCCCUGCCCAGUAUCUUACUGUAGAAGACCGGGACUCCAUCAUCUCAGACACAGAAAGUCUUGCCAGCAUUGAAAUGCUAAGUGAUGAAGCCAUCGCAGGAUUGAUGUUAGAUGAAGAAUUAGCAGAGGCAUCAAACUCAAUGUGCACCCCAAUGAACACUCCAGUAGUCGAAGGAAAUCUUCCAGCUUCCUCAUCCAUCCACACAUGGCCUUCCCUACUACAGAAUUUUGUCAGCCCAUCACAGCAGCCUUCCGAACCAGUAGCAACUACAUCCCAAACUGCUGAAUCCCAAGAGGAGGACACAAGUAACUGUGCUUCAGUUAGUCAGUCUAUGAAGGGCCUUACUUUGGAGUCAACCUUGCAGGCAGGUGUCAGACAGAUCAGGCCUCCUCAUACUUUGGAUAUUCAUCGUCAGUCAUCUUCUGACAACUCUUCCCCUGAGGACCUAACACCUGGUUAUGCGCCUUUGCGAGAUACUCCUUAUUCUCCAGAGGAUUUUCCUCCCCUGAGUCAUGGAUAUAGUACCCAGCCAUCAGAAGGAACGUCAUCACCUCCUAGCACUUCUACAAGUGAUGAAGGCAGAGAGGAACCUCACCAGAGCUCUUGGGUGAUGGAAAAUGCCCCUUUGGACCAGGAAAGUGUCCAGUUGAUUGAGAAAUGAAUGAUGCCAAAGGAAAUGAAUGCUUUGUCAUUUCCCCCUGAAAUAUCUUAUUCAGUAUUGCAUGGGAAAAGUCAAGCAAGUGUGUAUUGUCUGGUGCUUUUUUCCCAUCAUAUUGACUAGUCAGGUAUAUUUACCCUUUAAUCUUAAAUACUUAUUCUCCAAGGUUUCUUUUUUGUGAAUAUAAUUUAUGAUUAUAUUAUUCUGUAACAGAAUUGCUUGUUAGCUAUGCGUCCAAACAUAUUAGGGACUUAAUGUACUGUUGUGACAGCAUAUCAUGUUCAGAAAGGUAGCUAAGAUUAAAGUAUUGUUACUAGUUUAUAAUGAAUAAAGCAAAUGGAGUAAUGAUUUCGGCUUUAGUAAUUAGUCUCAAAGAAAAUAUUCCAUUACAGUAUCUAGAUGAAAAAAAGGCUGAAAUAUUUUGAUUAAUCUUGUAGUUCAUUUUCAGAAGUUUUAGUAACUUUUAAAGCAUAUUUUUUCUGACAUUUUCCGCUUUAUCAAUUAAGAUAUUGCAUACUUGGUUGCACUGCUGAUGUCUACAGGAAUUACAUUUUACAAUGAUUAUGUUCAACUCAUUGAGUUUCGGAAUAUUUUCUUUGAGGUUUGUUAAGGAUAGGCAAGAUAUUUUAUUUUGCAGUUUGUUUUGUUAUAUGUGAAUUAAAAAUUUUACGCUUUCUAUUCCA